GCCAGCUUUUCGGAAAAACGCUCGCCAUCAUCAGACAACUUCUCUUCGUUACCUCCUUUCUCUUGACACCAUGCUUCUAAAGGUUCUUGCGACCUCGUUACUCCUAUCACCCGUUCUAGCAUAUCCAACAGACGGCCACUACAACUCCAACACAACUGCAUUGGAGUGGGUACCAUGCGACCUUGACUUUCCCUCAUCGGUUCAGGAAGAGAUAGAUGUACAUAAGGAACCUAUCUUCUGUGCGAAUCUGUCCGUGCCGCUCGACUAUACUAGUCGAGAGAAUGGCAAAACAAUCGAUUUACAGUUGAUCAAGAUCAAGGCAACCAAGGAACCGUUCAAAGGCAGUGUCCUCACGAAUCCCGGCGGUCCUGGAGGGAGUGGUGUAGACUGGAUCGCCAGCGAUGGACCGUCGAUCCGUGAUGAUCUGGGUGGGUACCAUGAUGUUAUUGGCUUUGACCCUAGGGGUACUGGGAGAACCAUACCGUUCUACUGCCUCCCAUCAAACACUACGGCUUCCAAGGCUAAGCGAGCUGAGUAUAACUUCACGAUCCCACAAGACGACAUGUACGCUGCGCUCGUGAAGAAAGCAUGGCACGAUGGUGGUAUCUUCGCCGAGGAGUGCGCCAACACACCUGGAAACGCAGACAUCGGUCCCUACAUCAACACACCAUUCGUAGCACGCGACAUGCUAGAGAUCAUUGACGCUCUUGGAGAGGAUCAACUUCAGUAUUGGGGCAUAUCUUACGGCACUAUCCUCGGCCAGACGUUCGCUGGCAUGUUCCCUGACCGUGUCAAGCAUCUGCUGCUUGACAGUGCCGUACGCUUCGACGAUUACCAUUCUGGUCAGUGGAUCACAGUGACGCGGGACACAGAGCGUGCAGUUUUGAACUUCUUCACGGAAUGCGUCACUGCUGGACCUGAGCUAUGCCCUAUUGCGAACUUCACUGGUCCAGACACAACCGCGGAAGACUUACACAAGGAAUACGCCAAAGUCUUCCAGGAAUUGUUGGAUGACCCUGUCUUCCUACCCGACGACUACCGGCCUGCAAGUUGGUAUCAGCCUGGCGGUAACACCAUUUAUCUAGUCCUGAAGCAUAUAACGUUGACUUUGGCGUACCAACCGAGGCAGUUUGGCCAACUCUACUCAGCUGUGGACAUCGCUCUGAGGCGAGACUGGGAGCAGGCCGUCGAGAUUCUCACAUCUGCUCUCAAUACCACCACGCCUGAGAUACCUUGGAACCUCGGUGUUAAUGCCUUUCACGGUAUCGCUUGCUCAGAUGGAGCCUUCCGUGCCGACAAGCCAGAGGACCUGUACUCAUGGGUAUUAGCUCAGGCUGCCGCGGGCACUUUCGCUGACGGCGCCGGGCCACAAGUCUGGCUUUGCGCGCAAUGGAAGUUCGAAGCUAAGGAGCGCUACACUGGGCCUUGGACUGCUAUCAACACCAGCAACCCAAUUCUGUUCGUUAAUGGCAACCACGAUCCGAUCACACCUCUGAGCGGCGCAUAUGAAGCUUCGGCCAACUUCCCAGGCAGUCGCUUGGUGGUGCAGAAUGGGCAUGGUCAUGGAGUCAGGAAUCAUCCCUCUUCCUGUACGAACAAGGUGAUCGCUGACUACUUCAACGACGGAACGCUGCCAGAUGUUGGCAAGGUAUGUCAGACUGACAAGACGGCAUAUGGUGUUUUCGAAGAAUACCUUGCGACUGUUCUGAACAGUACCACCAAUAGCACACUUGCAAAGCGAUCUUUUGAGGUUCCUCGCAAGCCCAUCCUUACAUAAGUCGGGCUUCGAGAUAGACGUAGAUAUUGACAGGACGAGGUGGAG